AUGCAGUUCCAGAUUCCGAUGUGUCAGGUAGGGGCCUCCGGCGCCGCGCUGUCCCCGAGCCCUGCCGAGGGCGUGCGGGUGCGGGUGCCAGGCAGCGGGUGGCGCAGCGGCUUUCCGAAAGGAGCAGGGCUGGGCCGAGCUGGGACAGGCGCAAUCCUUCCCCCCGCGGGGAAACCGAGGCCGGGGCCUCCGGGCUUGCCCGCCGGCUGGGCCCCGCGGGGGCACCACCCCCGCCUGCACCGGGCGCGCCGGGGCACCGGUGGUCCCUCUCCUCUCCAGCCCCCCUCCCGCCGACCCGCCAGCAUCAUCAGCUGGUUCGUCCGGUCCUUCAAGUACAUCUACGGCCUUCGCUUUGAGGUAAAGGGCCGCCGGAAGCUGGAAGUGGACCACCCCUGUGUCAUCAUCUCCAACCACCAGAGCAUCCUGGACAUGAUGGGCCUCAUGGAAAUUCUCCCCCAGCGCUGUGUGCAGAUCGCCAAGCGGGAGCUACUCUUUAUGGGGCCCGUGGGCCUCAUCAUGUACCUAGGGGGUGUCAUCUUCAUCAAUCGGCAGCGUUCCAGGACCGCCAUGACUGUGAUGGCUGACGUGGGCGAGCGCAUGGUUAGCGAGAAUCUCAAAGUGUGGAUAUACCCCGAGGGCACGCGAAAUGACAAUGGGGACCUGCUGCCUUUCAAGAAAGGUGCCUUCUACCUGGCAAUCCAGGCCCAGGUGCCGGUCAUCCCCGUGGUGUACUCCAGUUUCUCUUCCUACUACAACCCCAAGACGAAGCGCUUCACCUCAGGAACCAUCAAGGUCGAGGUGCUGGAUGCCAUCCCCACCAGUGGCCUCACCGUCGCUGAUGUCCCCAAGCUCAUGGACAGCUGCCACCAAGCCAUGAGGACCACCUUCUUACGCAUGUCCAAGACGCCCCAGGAGAACGGGGCCACUGCUGGGCCUAGUGCCCACCCAGCCCAGUAGCCAAGGCCUGGGGUGGGGUAGGACUUGGGGGUGGGGUAGGACUUGGGGGCAGGAUCUGGCUAGAGAAUGGACACAGGGACCCCGCCCCACCUGGCUGCCAAAUAUCAGUGUCCCACUCCUCCAGAGCCCGGCUUUCCUUCAGGCCACUGAAGCAGGGGACCCCUUCUGUCACUGGCCUCAGAUCCAGGCCCCUGAUGUCCCCGCAGAGGAGUCAGCCCAGAGCCUCCCCAAGCUCUGAGGGCAGAGCCUCGCCCACCCUGUGCCUCCAGGAGCCACGUGUAGGCGCUGGCCUGGGGCCCGGACAAGUGGCCAGAGCUGAGGCCCUCCGCCCUCCUGCCGGGCUCCCAGUCAUGGGCCUGUAUCAGGUCUCAGGGAGAGGUGGUCUGCACCCUGGGGCGGGGACUGCACCCUGGCCGGCCCUGGGGAGCGGGUGCUGAAUCGGUACUGCACUUGCUUAUUUUUUAUAAACGAACUCUUGGAAGUGC